CACAGCUGCGCAGUGGUGGCAAAGCGUCCGAUCCCCGGCUCACGGCCCUUCAAUCCCCCGGCCCAAGAUGAUUCCAGCAGUGGUCUUGCUCUUACUCCUUUUGGUUGAACGAGCAGCCGCACUGGGAGAGCCUCAGCUCUGCUAUAUCCUGGACGCCAUCCUGUUUCUGUACGGUAUCGUCCUCACCCUGCUCUACUGCAGACUUAAGAUCCAGGUGCGGAAGGCAGCUAUAGCCAGCUACGAGAAAUCAGAUGGCAUUUACACGGGCCUGAGCACCCGGAACCAGGAGACUUAUGAGACCCUAAAGCAUGAGAAACCAGCCCAGUAACUUUAGAACAGAUGCCCUUGGCCACCUCCUUCCCCUCCUGGUUCUCCUCCUGGCCCUCAGGUCGGCGUCUCCUUUGCCUCCCGUUAAAGCCAGCUGGCCACCUCUUUAAUGAUGCUAUGUCCCCCAUUACUGCGCACCCAGUGGUUCUUCCUCCCCACCGAAGACCUCCGUUCAGAUGCUAAUCAUUAAUGUUUAUAUUCUAAUCUCACCGCCUUUCCCCACCCUUCUCUUUCCCGUCUCCCACUCCCACUCAACAAUGGAAAGAGAGUACCGCCAAUAAAGCCGCCGCAGCCUGGACUCUA